AUGAUUGAAGAAUUAAAAGAAUAAGCAAGCACAUGUCAAUAAAAUAAGCCAUUGUAAGAAGCUGAUGAAUUAAAUUAGAAAUUAGAUUCAGUAGAACAUCUUUCUGCUGAUACAAGCAAAUAUGUAGAUUUUAUGAAAUGCGAUAAAGAAUAGUAGAAAAAGAUCAUUAUUUAAACUUUGGAAUUCACAAUUAAGUAUAUAGAAAUGAAUUUCAAAAACUUAAUCUGUCAUAUAGUAUAAAAAGCCAUUAUAUACAAUAAGCAAAGAUAAGAGCUAAUUGAUAAUGACCCAUUCAAAAAAUACAAAAGAGAUAUGAAGCAAUAAGUUGUUAAGAAUUUUUUUAAAAAUCGAAUUCAACAAAGCAAAUAAGAACAAAAAGUAUUGAUUAAAUAUGACUUUGAAAAAAAUUUAAAAGAAUCCUGCUUGAUUAACCAUAAUAUUUACUCAAAUUACAUUCCUAUAAGAAAGAAUUUAGUGGUUGGAGAAAUUAUGCCUAAUCUAUUUCCAUGUUUAAAAAUAAUUAACAAUGAUGGUGAAGAUGAAAAUAACUAGUUGAUAUAAGAAUUUUAAAUUAAAAAUAGUAAGAAUAAAACAAGAGAAGAUCUAUUCAAUGAAUGGCUCUUAAAAAAGAAUGCCCAUGUGCUUUUCGUAGACAUAAGGGAAACUCUUCUUAUUGAUUUUUUGCUUAAUCUAUUUCCUUAGCUCAAGCUAGAAGUAAUAGAUAUAUUAAGAAUAUAUAUUUAAUAAGAAAAAGUUAAACAAGAGGCUUUUGAUGAAAAAAUAUAAUAUGUUUUACAAAAUUAUUGUGAUCCAAUUUAAUAUCCCUAUGGUAUUACUAUUGAUGAUAAAAUAAUCACUGACUAAUCUGUAACAUCAACUUUUAAAUCUUUCUUUUGCCAUAGAUGUUAUUUAUACGACUGUAGAAAUCAUGAAAAUAAAAAAGAAUUAAAUUUUAAGCAUCCUGCUACUCAGCUUAGUGAUGCCAGUAAUAAUAAAGAAAUAAAGUGGUUGUAGCUUUUUUAUAAAGAAAUACUUUUGACAAAUUAAAAAUAUAAAUAUGUAGCAGAUGUGGAGCAAAGGACAGAAUCUUAUUAUUAAGAUUAUGAUAUGAAAUAAAUCAAUAAAUAACCUUGUAGUAAAAAUUGCUAUUUGAAUAUGAAUCUUGAAACUUUCGAAAAAAUUAAAGCUCAAAAAACAUAUAAUGAAUUCGAAUUAGCUUACAUUAAGGCAGCGAUAAAGCGUUUAUCUUACAACCCUUGCUAUCUCAAUUUAAUUGACAGAAAAUUUAAUUGUGCUGAAAUUUUUGUGUUUUUAGUUAAAUAUGAGAAUGUUUUAUCAAUGCUUUCAGAAACAAAAGCUAUUACAAAAAAAAUUAAGCCAUACGCCAGAAGAACAAAUAAUUGUUUUUUUAACAAAGAAAUGUACUAUGAGCCUUGCUGUCAUUAUUAUUAUGACGAAGAACCAAAAGAUAUAAACUGCUAAGAUUGUGGUUGCUCAACAAGAGGUUUUUGUGAUAUUUAUUGUGGUUGUGAUCCAUAAAAGUGUAAGAGAAGAAGAUAAGGUUGCAAAUGCAUAAAAGGUUAAUGCAAAACAAAAAAAUGUGCAUGCUUCUUGAUGGGUAUGGAAUGUGAUCCAGAGCAUUGUAAGGACUGCUUUGAUUCUAGAAAAGAUAGAUGCAAAAAUAAUGAGUACUUGUACUAAAAAUAAGAAAGAACCGUCAUAGGUAUGUCAUUUGUGUGCUAAGGACUAGGCCUUUAUAAUGUUUUUCCGAUUUAAUAACAUUCUUUAGUCUUAUCUUAUUUAGGAGAAUACAUCAGCGAAGAUGAAUAAGUUAUCAGAGAAAGCUGGCUGAAGUCAGAUAUUUUUUACACUUUUACUAAAAAUGAUUUCGAGAAGUUAGUUGAUUCAAAAUAUUUUGGAAAUAAGAGUCGUUUUAUGAAUCAUCAUAUUUCUUUAGAAAAUUGUUUUGCUCGUAGCGUUUAUAGUAGAGGAGAUUAUCACUUAGGAUUAUAUGCUAAGCAAGAUAUUCCUCCUGGCAACGAACUUCUUUUUGACUAUGACGCGGAUAAAACAUUGGCAGUGGAAAAGGAGUGGAUUACACGUAAUAAUUAUUCGAAUUACAAGAUAAGAAUGGAUAACAUAAGAAUAACUAUUCCAAGAAAUAAAGAUCUUACAAGAUUUAAUUCAACCUUGAUUAUAAUAGAUGAUGAAAAUGAUAAUCAGUAAAAGAAUUAAAAAAAUGAUCUUCAGGUUGAUGAACAUAAAAAAUUCAAUAAUAAUAAAUUAGAAAAAGUAUCUUUUAAAAAACAAUGUAAGAAGUAACAUCCAGAAUCUAUAGUAGGAUAAAAAAAAACAAAUAAAAUUUUAUCAGAUUAAAGUUUAAAUUAUUUAAAAAAAUAAAAUAAAAACUUUGAAAAGUAAUGA